AAAUUUUCGGCGGAUGUUUUGAAACAAGUUUGGACCUGGGAUGAUGACUUGAAUUUGGUGUUUUGCAAACAUUUUACUUGAAGAUGGCGAUGCAAACAAGACAAGACAUCAAUUUUCAAGGAAUGUUCAAAAAGCUAGGGCACAAUCUGGAGGAAAUUCGUGUGAGAAGUUUGGAAAACCUCCUGUCAAAACUUGAACAUAGUCUAGUGUGUGACUCGGAUUUGGUUAAUGAACGUCAUUUAAUGAUAAGAUUAAUUGAGUGGUUCAAUUUCCCUAGUCCACCAAAGCAAGGGGAUGUUUUGCAUCUUAUUUUGAGAUUAUCAAAGCACUCUGCAGCUGCUCAAAUUCUCCAAGACAUUGGUGCUAUUGAAUUUUUAAGCCAGCUUCGGAAAGAUGUGUUGAAGUCCUUACAGCCUGUGAUUGACCAAAUCCUGGAGAACACAAUGAGAUUGCCAGAGAUGUCAGAGGAAACCUUCAGUCCGACUUGUAUUUAUCAGAAACAGGGUUUCACCCAAGAACCAGUGUCAUUUACAACCAAUGAUGCAACAUCUGAAACAGCUCCAUCACUCACCUCAGUAUCAACUCUCCCAACAAAUGAAAACUUAGAUCCACCACACAUAAUCACUGGAAGGGAGAACUCUGAGGGAUAUUUCAAAGAUAAAGUACACCUUCUUCAAGAUCAACAAAGGGAAAAUAAUGAUGGUACUUCAAGCACAUUUCUUGUGACAACUUUUCCAUGGUUGGCUCUGACUCCUACAGACAGACAUGUCAUACAGUCAACAAACUCCUCCUUACAGAGUAGAGAAUCUCACCUGCUUGCCAGUUCUUGUGAAUUUCUGAGUGAUGUCGUUUUUCAAGAUUUCCCAGCUGAGAUAUUCUUACAAAGACCAAAUAUUGUUAGAAAUCUGUUAGGACUUCUAGGAGCUGUCCCAGAUGUAAACACACACCUGACCAUUCAUGCAGCAAAAACUCUGGGUGAUCUGACCUCUUCCUUGAGGUCAAGGUUACGGUAUUAUCAAGAUCCAGCAUUAUUUACGUGCAAACAAGAUUUCAGUUCAGCCUCCUCUUCUCCAUUCUCAAACUCCCCCAGUCUGCUGUCCAACCAGUCAGGAAGGUCAGAAGGUCACAGUCCCCUGGCAGGGUGGGGGGACACUCGCCCUAGGGGAGACGGACGAGAGGUGGACUCCUCCUCAUCAGUCAGUGCCAACUCUAGGAACUCUAGUGUCAGUGGGGGUCCAGAUGUGACAAACCCUGAGGAGACAGACAUUGAUGAUAUGAGGUCUCUACAGAGUAUGCAGAUCACCCUUCCCCAGUACUGCUCCCUGGUCAUAGAAAAGGCGGUCCCCCUCCUCAAAACGGGGGCGGAGGGGGUGGUCACCCAGCUCAUGUACCUCCUAAAUCAAGUCCUGGAGAUCUUCACUGCUAUUGUUACAAUGGAAAUUUGGCAAGAUACUUCAUCCAGAGCAAGGGAAAUUGCAGAGAGACUAUCUGGAACUUUAGAGGCCCUGAGUGAUGUAAUAAACUGUCACCACCAUGAUGAGGUCAGUCGUGGGAAAUCAAAGCAAGAGAAGGACAAAGGAGAUAUUGUACAUCACAGACUGGCCUUUAUUGGAGUCACUGGAUUUACUUCCAGACUCCUUAAGCAGUUAGUUCCAGUACAACAGGGGAGAAAACUCUUGCCAUCCAGUUUGACUAAGUCCCUGGAGCUGGUGGUGUUUGAUGAAGCCCUGUCCCACAGUUAUCCAGACAUCCAGAUCACACUGCUAGCCUACCUACAGAUCCUGAGUCCAGACAAAUACAAACUGUUUGUGGAUACAGCCAAAAUUUCACAGUCCAUCCAGAAAUCCUGCCAGUUUCUGAUGCUUUGCCAGGAGGAGGCUUACAAAGGAAGCAGUCAGAUGAUCAGUUUAGCUGAGGCCUCAAUAGAGAGUCUACCCUACCAUCUACACCUCCCGCUCGUGUCCGAGUUUGUCAAACUCUCCUCCUCCAUAUGUGCCAGGACAACUGAAGACAAAGUUCUACAGAUGAAGUGUGUGGAUGUACUGCUGAAAUUCCUGUCUCAUCCUCUACCACAGGUCAAGGAACAGACCUACAGCACUAUCAAACAGGUCAUUAAGUGUUCCCUGAAUGUGAACGAGGCAGCUGACCCUAGCUCAAGGGCCUGCUACUUGUCCAGGUUCCUGUUUAACUCUGACAUCAUGUACGAGAUCAUUGUGUUUGGACUCAAUGACAGUAACUCCAAAGUUAGCCAAACAGGCACAGAGAUCAUUUGUCACAUUUUGGAUGGCCAGCUGUUGAUGACAGAGGAUUUAUGGAGGGAGGCCCUGAACAGUUUGAUGAGACCCCUGCCAGUUUUACAGACCUAUGUUGACAUGGGGACAAAACUUGGAUCUUCCCUGCUAGCAAUGAUGGAUCCAGCAGAGUCUGAAUCAGAGGGAGGACUGACAUACUUAGAGAAACUCAGGGGCUGUAUCAGAAUCAUGUUCUCUACUGAUAUCAGAGCACGUGCAGAGGCUUUGAAGCGACUGGCCUGGUUUUUGUCUAAUGAGAGGGACAGUAACGAGAAACUACCUGUGUUUGCUUCGUUAGAUGUGACAAACUUGACCAGCAUUUUUGUCAUGGAGUUACAGCAUUCUCUUGAUGAAGAUCUGGGAAGAUCUGUGUUUCAGAUUGAUGGACUGCGGAAGGUCUAUGAAAUCUUUGUCUCAUCAUCUGUUGACCCUUCUGUGAGGAAGUCAGCUGUGGAUCAGCUGGCCAUUAUUCUUCAGGAUCACAAUCUACACACUCCGUUCAAAGCCGAGGGAGGGGUAGAAACCAUCCUCAAACACCUCAAACUUGGCCUCGUCAGGAGUGAGGCACAGAAUGAGAACCUGCAUUACUUGCCAGCAUGUGUUGCCAUCUUGAGAUCACUCGUUCAUUAUGAUUACAAACUCAGACACAAACUCGCUCGAGAUCAAGAAAUGUAUCUUAUCCUUCUAAGAGUUGCUUUCCUGCACCAGCGAGAUGAGAGAACAUGUUACGAAGUGGCUCAUAUUUUGACACUGUUGCUGUUUGAUGAAGUAGCAAAAUUUGACCUGGGAGGUGGAACAAAUCCAGUGGUUCAUUUUUCUGUGCCUACUGUGUUGAAAAAGAGGUGCCGCCUGCCAUUCCGUCCAGCAUGUCACCAUGACAACAGCCCCCAUGUGGUGGAACUGCCUCCUGAUCCUGACCCUAUAAAGACAGACAGACCACUGGAAAUGCUGCGAAUCUCCUGGAAUGUAGCCUGGCAUGGGGGACUGGAAAAACUGUUGAAGUUCCUCGCUCAGAAUAAAAAUACCAGUAAAAAUGACAAGUUUACUGAGUUUUCUCCAGUACUUCAACUUAGCUUCAUAGAGAGAAAGAUUGUCCAGUGUAGUCACUUAUCAGAGGGAAUCAAGCAGUCAUUGUACAAUAUCUCUAACGCUACCUCUCAUCAUGCAGUCAGCUCAGCCAUUGGUCAGCUGCUGAGUUAUCUGGUCAACUCCCACGGUUACGAAGGGUCAGAGGUCAUGUUUGGCCAGGACUGGAUACCCAGUGUUGGACGGUUUCUGAAGAUUCACCCCUUGAUGCCUGAUGAUGAAUCACUUCUACAGGAAGUUCUAAGGUUCCUCAGUAUGGCCCUGAGGUUGUGUAGUGAGGUACCUGAGGGGACCCUCCAGGUACUGGGGGAGGUCCUGUAUCAGCCCUCGGGGCCUCUGAUUGGCCUGUCCCAUAGGACCUCAGUACGAGGAGAGACGAGGGAUGUCCCAGAGAAUGUCAACAUUAAAAGGACUCUAGACAAAGAGCUGCUGUCAUUCAUCUCAACAUACAACUGUAAACUCCCCUACGUUCUCUGUAGAAGACUGAGGUUCCAGCAGUUACGAGGAGACCUCUGUCACCAGUUACUACAGCGCUUGAAUGUCACAGAUGCCCCCCACUUCUAUAAUCUCUCCUCCCUCGAGGGGACACUCCAGUGCCUCAUGCAUGUCACUGCCAGACCUGGAUGGAGUAGAGAGAGUACAGAACUAGAGGGCAGGACACUGUGUAGUCAGCUACUAGCUUGUCUCUUAGAGGUUGUGUCAGCUUUUCACAUUGGACGGGGAGGAGCUUCGAUGUCCUACAUGGGAAAAGGUGUCACUAAGGCAGCCACCCUGUGUCUCAGGCAUCUCGCUUAUGAAAUGUCUGUAGAAAAUAAGAAAUGGGCUGAGCAGUGGACUUAUGUACAACAGAGGGCAGAUCAACAGAACACUUCAGACACAGAGGAGGGGCACGGGUUAGACUGGUUACUGACACUGUGGUCCUACAGGGAUCCAGAGGUACGAGUAGCUGGACUAGGUAUUGGAGUGGCCUUGACCUUUACAGAGAGUGGAAGGACAGUGGUGACCUCUCACUGUAAACACAUUCCAGGUGGAGUCUGGGGCGUGGCCUUUAGUAUUCUCCUGGACCAAUCAGAAUGUAGCAUGGUCCGGCAGCAGGCAGCCUUACUGUUGGUGAACAUGACUUCACAGUCGAUGCCCUCCAGCAGUGUGGAGGCAGAACAGAGUACAUGGCAGGGGCCGGUUGUUACUGAUGAUGAGUCCAAGGUGUCCUUGGUUGGAUUAACAGCCCUGAUAGCCUUACUACACCACAGCCACUUCUAUCAGGAGAUGCUGGUGGUGUUCACCAACUUUUACGCUCAGCCGACCAUACAACAGAUCUCUGUCACAGAUGUGUUGAUGUCAUCACAGCUGUCGUCUGCUAGCUCCGAGUCCACCAUGUCUACCACAGCUGAUUUGACAUCAGUAAGUCAACAGGGUCAACAGUUCUGGAGCAGAGGAGGGGGAGAUUUCCGGGGGAGUGUAAAAUCGGGAACCAGGAAUGUCCAGACUGGUGUGACACAGCAGGCAGACAGUUCUGGCAGUACACUGAUGGCGGGGGAGGGAGGAAGUGACAUCAUCAGUGUAGCCACGCCCUCUCUGGUGGCCUCCAUAGCACAGCUGUUACGUAACCUUGUCAUUCUAGCUCCGCAAGACACAUUUACUUGUCUCAAACAGGAUUCCUUUGUACAAAUCCUCACAAACAUGGUGGAUACAAACUUGCUGGAGGCAUAUAUGCUGGAGAUGGAGGGGCCGGUCAGCUAUGACCAGUAUGAGGUGGUGUUUGGGGACCUCCUGGAGAUGUACCGCUCCCUCCUGUCCCUACUCUCGGCCUGUGUGGUGUACGACACUCCCACCAGACAAGACAUCCUGGCCAACAAGGACUUCAUCAUGUCUGCCCUAGCUCUGAUGACCAUCAGAUUCAAAGGUUCAUCGGAUGUGGAAUUAAAACUACAGGAGCUCUGGGGGUCAGUUUUGUCUUUCUUUGUCACAAACUUACAACUUCAAGGGGCAUCAACUCUAGCAGUGCUGACUGAGUGCUUACCAAAAAUCUGGAACUCUUUCUCUGAAAACCUAUGUAACAUCAUUAGAAAAAGACUGGACCUAGAGCAUGACUUAUUCUCCAUGUGUCUACAGUUUCUCUCUGUAUUGUUAAGUGAGGAGGGGAAACUCUGGGGAAGACAAGUAGAACUGACUAAUGUCACAAUCACAGAGCUCCUGGACUCUAGUAAUGGAGAUGAGAGAGAAGAGAACAGUUCUGGCUGGCGUCUGUGUGAGGCGUUGAUUCCAGUGUAUGAACAAAUGGUAAUACGCUCUACAGAUCACAAAAAUUCCGAGAGACUUCACGCCGCCGCGGCACUCAGGAAUUUGCUGGCUGUCAGUCAGACCGCAAAAUCGGCAGCUUUACAGAUGGGUUUUGUUGAGACUACAAUAGAAAAUGUCAAACAGCUACAUUCCAAAAUUAACCUGGAAGCCCUGCAACUGGGAAAAACUACAGCAAAAAAGAAAGAUGAUUCUUUGGUCCAGGAUCUUGUCAUAAUUUUUGACAUUCUUAGAAAUCUACUUUUCAUGAAUGAAGAUGCCAAGAUGGCUUGCUAUCACUCAGAUCUCCCUGCAGUCAUUUACAAGAUUUGGCCAUGGUGUCAGAUGGAGCCGCAGUUAAUGAUCUCCACCAUUUCUCUCCUGUCCACUUAUGUGGCUAAAUGUUUAACUGCUGCCAGUUCCCUGGCUUACACCUCUCCAUCCUCAACAUCCACCAUCCAAAAUGUGAGAUCCUCCUCCAGUCAACUGGGCACCAACUCCUUAGUCCACUGCCUACUGAAACUGGCAGGGAAAGAUGGAGUCAGGGAACCACUGUUAAAGGCUCUUUAUGGACUUCUGGCUACACUCGCUCUGUCAUCUGAGUGCCGAAAUAUCAUGUUCAAAAGCAACUUUUUCCGAGAGUUUACAGAGUUAAAUCCCAGGAAAACCAAGAAGACUAAACAUAAUAAAAAUCUAGAAAUCUACUGGUUGGAACUGAUGGUAAAUUUGUCCUUCUCCACUGAAGGCCAACAGAUGAUUCUGAAAACAGGGGAUUCUGUGGAUCUACUGCUAGAUUUUGUGGAGUGUGGGAAUGGGGCCACCCUGGAGUAUUCCAUACUGAUCAUCAGAAACAUGUGUUGUCACUGCAGCAGCAAACCUAAGCUACUAGCCAAUGAUAAACUGCUGCCUCUUCUGCUGGCCUGCUUGAACAAGGAUUCUGUUAAAGUUCAGACCAUUGCAGCAUCAGCUCUUCUGGGUCUGGUGUAUAAUAACCAAAAGGCCAAAGUGAUGCUGAAAAAUGCUAAUCUACUGCCUAAAAUACAAGAAAUUUUAUCCAAUCUCAACAAUCUACAAAGUACACCAGAAAAGUGUGUGCAGGAUUUGACUUCAGUGCUUGUAGCUGUAUCGGAGUGAAUGUAAUCCGUACAAAUUAGUGCUCUUAUGAUAGUUACUAGAACAGUUCCUAUACACAAAGCUAGAAAUAUGAAUUGAGAAAUAAAAGAGCUCAUCUGUGAUAUUACAUGUAC